GCCAAAGACCUCUCCACCUUGCGGCCUCAAAGGGCCACGUGGAGGUCCUCGAGCGGCUCUUGGCCGCGAGGGCCACGGUGGAAGCAUAUGAUCGGGACAGCCGGACGCCCUGGCACCUUGCUAAAGAAAACAACAAGCUGGAGGCGAUGGCCUUGCUUUGUCCAGCACCUCG